CGAGCGGCGAGCAUUCUCAGUUCCAGCCGUGGCAUUCGCGGCACCACAAGCGCGCUUUCCGCACCACCAAGCCAACUUAAAAACAAAAAACGUUAACUUAAACUCUAUAAAAAUUAAAAGUCUGAAAAAAAACAUAAUAACCAGAGAUAAUUAUAACCAACACGAGUUGCAGUUAGAAGGCCCAAGGGCUAUGUGAUAAUUACCAAUUGCUAUUGAAUCGAAACUUGAAACAAUAAAAAGCAAAUAAUAUUAUACUAAAAUUAAAAAUAAAAAAUAAAUAUUAAGAAAAUGGAACUCAAACCCAAUGGCAACCACAACAACAAUAACGCUGCGGAAAAAUCCGAGGACACGGAGAAGGCCAAGGCGGAGCGGACGAACUGGGGAAAUGGCUUGGAGUUCCUCAUGUCCUGUAUUUCGGUGUCCGUGGGCCUGGGCAAUGUCUGGCGGUUUCCCUUCACAGCCUACGAGAACGGAGGCGGUGCCUUCCUGAUACCCUACAUCAUAGUCCUGUUCCUAAUUGGCAAGCCCAUGUACUACCUGGAAAUGAUAAUGGGACAGUUCACCAGCCAGGGAACUGUGAAAAUCUGGUCGAUUUGCCCGGGCUUUGUUGGCGUGGGCUAUGGCCAGGCCUUCGGAACCAUCUGCAUCAUCUCCUACUACUCAUCGCUGCUGGCCCUGACCCUGUACUACCUCUUUGUGUCCUUCCAAUCGGAGUUGCCGUGGUCCUUCUGUAGGGAGGACUGGCAGAACUGUGUGGACUCUCGGCCCGCGGAGUAUACGGAGAACCUGAUAACCGGACUGGCCAGUAACGCCUCCACAUUGGCCAGCAAUCUCACCACCCCCUUCAGCAACAGGGGCGUCAGCUUAUUGGCCGACAACGAGACGGUUAAGUUGCAAAGCAGCUCCGAGAUCUACUUCCUAGACGUAGUGAUCAAGGAGAAGCUGGACAUCUCGGACGGAAUCGGUAGCCCCGACUGGAAACUGACCCUGGCCCUGCUCGCCUCCUGGGUGGUCAUCUUCCUGGUGAUCAUGCGCGGAGUGAAGAGCUCCGGCAAGGCCGCCUACUUCCUGGCCCUCUUCCCCUACGUGGUCCUGUUCGUCCUGCUCAUCCGGGCCGUGACACUGGAGGGGGCUCGCGACGGUAUCAUCUUCUUCCUGCAGCCGCAGUGGGGCGAGCUCCUCAACCCCACGGUGUGGAAGAACGCGGUGGUGCAGUGCUUCUUCUCGCUGGCCGUGGGAUCCGGUCCCAUCAUCAUGUUCGCCUCGUACAACCGAUUCGAUCACGGGAUCUACAGGGAUGCGAUGAUAGUGACGACGCUGGACACCCUGACGAGUCUCCUCGGGGGAAUAACGAUAUUUGCGAUCCUUGGGAAUCUCGCCCAUAACCUGAACAUCGAGAACAUCCAGGAUGUGGUGCGCAGCGGCACGGGACUGGCCUUCAUCUCGUAUCCAGAUGCCAUAUCCAAGUUCCAGGCUGUUCCCCAGCUCUUCUCCGUCCUGUUCUUCUUCAUGCUCUUCGUCCUGGGCAUCGGAUCGAUUGUGGCCCUCCAGAGCACCAUUGUCACCAUCAUCUGUGAUCAGUUCAAGGGCCUGAAGUACUGGAAGGUGGCUUUAGGCACCUCUAUGUGUGGUUUCCUCAUGGGACUGGUCUAUGUCACGCCGGGUGGCCAAUGGAUCCUGACCCUUGUCGACUUUUAUGGCGGCACUUAUGUGGUGUUUAUUUUGGCCAUUUUCGAGUUAGCUGGAAUAGUUUGGAUCUAUGGCCUGCAAAACUUCUGCGAUGAUAUCGAGUUCAUGUGCAACCGCCGGGUCUCACUGUACUGGCGCAUGUGCUGGUCCUUCUUCACUCCGGUGAUGAUGAUCAUUAUAUUCAUUUACUCCAUGGUCACCAUAGAGCCGAUUAAGUACAGUGAACUCUACUUCCCCGAAGCGGGUAAUGUGGCUGGUUGGCUUUUGUUCGGCAUUGGAGCUGCCCAGUUUCCGUUGUGGGGUCUCUGGUAUGUUUCCCGCCACAGAGAAGGAUCCUUCUGUUCGUCGAUUAUGGCAUCGCUGAAACCAAGUGAAAAGUGGGGUCCUGCCAAUGCCGAGGUGAAGCGCGAAUGGCAGAUAUUCAAAAGCCAAAAGGCCGCCCAACGAGCCGUCCAGAAAGAGUCCUCCAAGCUGGGAUUCUUCUGGCGAAAAAUCACCAAUUUCUGCGGCAGUAAUAUUUAAAUACUACAAUGGGAGAGUAUGGGGAUAUCGAGGGGAUAUCAGAGAUUACGAUUACUAUAACCAUUUGCUAGUUAUAUGCCAUUGUCAGCCUCUAUGAAGCCAUCCAAAAAUGCGAAGAAAUCCUUCGAACGAAUACAUCGCAUCCUAUAUCUAUAUAUCUAUAAAAAAUAUUAAUCUAUGUACAUCCCUUUUUUUUUGUUAUAUUUUAAUGUGAUAAAGUUCAGCUGAAAUAAAUAAAUUAUUAUUAACAACGAAAGAACUAAGA